AUUGCCAGCUGGGCAUGAAAUUCCUAGUUGUGAUGUCGUGUCGUCCUUCAUUGCAAAGACCUAUGUGAUUUUUGUGAUAUGUCUGAUAAUAAUGAUACGAGACCACCGGCGCAGUGUGGUGGUCUGCAAGCGCGGUCGCAAGCAUCACCUGAAUCCCGGGAGCAACCCCAGGAGCAGCCACAGCCAGCACACCAGCAACGCCAUCAGCAGCAACAGCAGCAACAACCUUCGUGGACAAGCAUGGACCGCAGUCAAGCACCAACGCUUUACGACAUCAUGGUACCGGGAAUUGGUCCCACUGCCACUCUCUACGCCUACAACGAAUCGCAGUUAUUUCCGGAUGGCAUGGGAAUGGCUCAGAUGGGAGCAGCUGAUCUAUCGGCGACAACAGAUACAGGCCUGCCAUCGCAAGCAUCGAGGUUUGGUAACGACAUACUAUCGAGAAUGGGUGUCACUGGCGAUCUCUACUCCAUCGCCACAUCGAAGUGUUUUCCGGAUGGCACAGGAAGGGGUGGAAUGCAUCCUAGCAGCAUGCCACAACCCAGCAUGACUGCAUCGGCGACCAACAGCAGCUCCGUUACCAUGCCGUUAAUAGCCGCCAGCAUGGCGGUUGGCGGUGGCGAUGGCAGCGUGCAACAACAGCAGCAGCCGCAACAACAGCAGCAGCCGCAACAACAGCAGCAGCAGCAGCAACAACAGCAGCAGCAGCCGCACCAACGUCACUUCCCGCCGGCAGCAAUUGUCAGCAGUCUAUACCAGUCACAGUAUGGUAACACGCCAACGGCAUCCUCCCUCACCAGACCGAGUGGCACAGCGGUUUACGCUGAUACGAGCUCUCCGUACUAUUAUCCUGGCAACAGACCUGGGCAGCAUGGUCACCCAUCUUACUCUGGAUCUUCGGUGAAGGCACUUCCGGGACACCAGAGGAGUAUUUCACAGCGUGCAGAAUUAGAACCUCCACUUGUCCGGGUUAAGCUGGAAAAAGCGAGGCUGUCGCGAGAAAACCAGCAUGAAAGGCUCAAACGUGAACAGCAGCGAUUACAGGCUAGAAUACCUGCAGCAGAUUUAGAAAGUCAACAUAUCAAGGAAGAAGAGAGGCUGAAGGAAGAAGUGCUGGAUGAAAAAUUGAAGGACCUGAAACAUGAAGAGCAGCAAUUAUGGGCUGCCAACGUGAACCAGAGAGCAGACAUUGAUCGACAAACAUCUUCAGGGGCACUGAAGGAAAGAGCGCAACACGAAGCGGCUCAUGAUAAGAAGCAAAGGGAGCAACUCACCCAGGCUAGAAUACCUGCAGCAGAUUUAGAAAGUCAACAUAUCAAGGAAGAAGAGAGGCUGAAGGAAGAAGUGCUGGAUGAAAAAUUGAAGGACCUGAAACAUGAAGAGCAGCAAUUAUGGGCUCCCGACGUGAACCAUGGAUGAGACAUUGAUCGACAAACGUCUUCAGGGGCACUGAAGGAAAGAGCGCAACACGAAGCAGCUCAUGAUAAGAAGCAAAGGGAGCAACUCACCCAGGCCAAAACAUAGACCCCGGGGCUGAUUUCAUGAAGCGGCGUGAGGAAGAGAAGGCCAGGAACCGGGGAAUUAGCUUUGCCUCUGGCGGUGCUGGUCAGUUUGAGGACGACUACGAUGAUGACAGCACCGACGGUGGACAGGGAAAAUACAUAUUCAAAUAAAAUGAAUUUGAAGUACGUUCGAUGACAGUGUGCCUGCUGCCGUAUCGUGAGUCGGUGGUCUCCCCGAAAGGCUGCUGUGCCUCAGACUGAGUAAGAAUAUCUAGGCUCCUGGCUGCAGAUGCGCCGGGCAUGAUGUGAAUGCCGAUGCUAUGAACAAGAUGAGCUCGUUGAGGUGUCUAGUAUUUUAAAAUCGCGUGCGGCAGUUUUGGGAGAAUGCUGUUGAAUGGCCUAAGGACCAAAUCAAGACUCGCCACCUUUAUAGAGUUUGUCACACCCUCUCACUAAGGCACCUUCAGAGAAUAAUGCAAGAGAUUUGGACCUUUGAAACUCUGCAAUUUCUGAUUUGAUUUUUGUGAUGUUGUGGUUUGUCAGUGUUUUGUCCCGUGUUUCGUCCGGUGUUUUUGUCCAGUGUUUUGUCCAGUGUUUGGUCCAGUGCAUGUGUGCUCCAGCAAUGCUUGUUCUCCAAGCUGGUAUCUUCCUAUUGCUGCUGCUGCUCUCAAGAAAUGCUUCAUGUAAACAAAAAAUAAUAAUAAUAAUCAGUUGCCUGGUUUCUAUGCGACUAACUCGCUCACAUGUGCAAGGAGAGGGGAGAAGGAGGCUGCUCGUGCAGCAGAGUCCUGUGCCUGUGGCCCACACACCUGGUGCACAACCACAAUACAGACUGGAUAUGUUACCCAUACAUGCAAUAAGAGUUUUAAAAUGAUUAUCAUGUCAAUAUACAUUGUGUUCAUAAUGUGUUCGCAUUUUUGGCAAGUUUCAG